ACUCCAGCCACAUAUAUAGUGGAAGAUGGCAUUGUCCAGUAUCAAUGGGGAAAAAAAGCCCUUGGUCUUGUGAAGGCUCGUUUCCUCAAUGUUGGCGAAUGCCAGGGUGUUGAGAUGGGAGUGGGUGGGUGGGGGUGGGAGUGUCCUCAUUGAGGCAGGGGUAGGGGGUAGGGGAUAAGGGAGAGGAAAGAAGGGGGAUAACAUUUGAAAUGUAAAUACAUAAAAUAUCCAAGAAAAAUAAAAUAAAAAAUUGGUUCUAUAGAUUGAGUGAGCUUAAGGACUGGAGGAGAGUUCAGUGUUGUCUCUGGGUGCAGAUCACCAAAGCUAUCAAAGGUCACCAGAUUAGCAAGCAUGACUGCUCCCAGCCUUCUGGGAGGAUAAAUUACAUUCUUUCCUUUGAAAGAACAGCCCUGUGUUCUUAACAUUCCAGCCCCUCCAAUCCCUGUGCUUAUCUGUGAGCACAGAGUUCUCUGUGCCCCUACACAUACCAAGGGAGGCAGUUCCUUAUGAUAAAUCUCAUGUAGGUGUUAGCAUGCAAAUUAUAGAGACAUCUUAUUAGUUCUGUUUCUUUGGAGACCCAUAGACUACUAAAUUCAUUGAUUAUAUUAAUAGCCAGAAAUAAGGCACGUGGAAUUUAAUGUAUUCACAAGUAAAGUCCUCGACAGCAACAGCUUUCUUAAUCAUUAGGGAAUGACUUUAUUCCUUGCUUUUAAAUCCACUUUGAGGCUUCUGAGUAAGAUGGUAGUGUAGAAGGUCGUUCCAGGGGACCCAGUAAAGGAAGGGUCAGAACAAGAAAAAAUAAACUUUAAUCCAGCAGAGAGAAACAUCAGAAACUUACAAAGGUAGCAUUAGAAUAUGUGAAAAUUCCAGAAAAAAAUGACGUAGUGUGAUACAUUGAUAGGUAACCCAUGGGCUGGUGAUACAAGGGCUUAUGCUUAGUGGUUAAGAGUGUUUGCUAUUCUUGCAGAGUGCCAGAGUUGGAAGGCUCUCAACUGCUGUAACUCUAGUUCUGGGAAUUUGACAACCUCUUCUGGCCUCUGUGAUCACUCAGCUUGUAUGCACAACAUACCCACACUCAGGGUGAUUAAUACACAGAUAUUCUCUUCAGUUUUCUGUGCAGUGACUACUUCUCACAACUGUGAUACAUCAGGAGGCACUCCCAUUUCCAAGCCCCAGCUAGAACAACCGUUAACUCAGUGGGUAGGAUCUGAUGAGUUAGAGAACCUGCCCAGACUGUGGAAAGCUAAGUGUGGCCAGCAGAGGUCACUGACAUGCAAAGAAGAAAAGCUACUAAAGUGAAGGGAGUUCUUGUGGGACACAGCAUUCUGUGGAAGGCAGCAUGUGUCCAACACAGACUCAGUAGCAUCAUUAAACUGGAGGGAAGGCAAGAUUCCACACGUCACCAGACCCUCUCCUUCAUCCCAUGCAUGUAAGUAAGCCAGGACUAUACAGAGAAACCCUAUCCUGAAAAACCAACCAAUCAAUCAACCAACCAACCAACCAACCAACCAACCAACCAACCAACCAACCAAAGAAACAAAAACAAGUUCUUUUGGGUGUGUGACUGAAGAACACACUUAAGAGAUGCUUGCUUAUCCUUGUCUAUGGCUGCACUAUUACUGGGAAAUGGUACCAUCCUAUAUGGCCAUCAACAGAUGAGUUGCUAAAUGCAAUCCUUAUGUAGAAUGGAUUUUAUUUAACUGCACAGAAGAUGAAUUCAUGGUACUAGUAGAAAAUGUACGCACCCAGCAGUCAGUGUGUCCAGCAAAAUAACUCGGAUUCAGAAACACAAAUUCCGCACCUUCUUGGGAUGCUUCUUUUUGUUUUCAUGGCUGUGGAUAAAAUCUAGGCUUCUAGAACACCAGGCAGAUGCUUUAUUGCCGAACUGUGCCGCAGAUCAUUGUAGAGUGAUUAUCGUGAUCUCUCAAGUCCUAUUAGGGAAAGAACUGCAUGUUUUUUAAAGAUUCCACAAAUGCUGAACAGUAAUGCAGAGCUUGGAAUAGAACAGAUACUCAUCAAGUGUUGGUCCAAUAAACAAGUGAGUGAUACAGAUGAAAUAUCUGCCUCAGCUAGAGAGAUACUAUAUUCUUGCCUGAAGAAGAGCAACAGAUCAAAGAAUUAAAAGUUAUUGAAUACGCUUUCCAACUUGGGCCCGGCAGAAUGGCUCCCGCAAAGAAGGGUGGCGAGAAGAAGAAGGGCUGUUUUGCCAUCAACGAGGUGGUGACCCGAGAAUACACCAUCAACAUUCACAAGCGCAUCCAUGGAGUGGGCUUCAAGAAGCGUGCUCCUCGGGCACUCAAAGAAAUUCGGAAAUUUGCCAUGAAGGAGAUGGGAACUCCAGAUGUGCGCAUAGACACCAGGCUCAAUAAAGCCGUCUGGGCCAAAGGAAUAAGGAAUGUUCCGUACCGCAUCCGAGUACGUUUGUCCAGAAAGCGUAAUGAGGAUGAGGAUUCACCAAACAAGCUCUACACACUGGUAACUUACGUGCCUGUUACCACAUUCAAAAAUCUACAGACGGUCAAUGUGGAUGAGAACUAACUGCUGAAUGUCAAAUAAAGUUACAGAACUGCCAAAAAAAAAA